UCUGGGGAGAUUGUGAUGACACUUAAAAGCCAUUCAGCCUAUUUUUGCACAACACUAAAAGGUCUGUGACCGUGAGGGGAGGUCAUUUCAAUUCCUGUUAAGUGCUAUAAGGCGACAUAAUAUAAAGCAUUGGUGUGAAGACACAAACCUCUCCAGACUUCAAACAAUCUUUGGAUUUGGCAUUUUGCAGAGAACUUUUUGCACAAAGCUUUGGAUAUCUGGCAGAAGUACAAAGAUGAAAGUAUCAGUUAGUGUUUCUCUGCUUCUGCUGUGCUUUGUCUGUCGUGUAAAAGCAGUGACCAUUAAGUCAUGUCCACUGGCAGACGGGAACUUUCUUCAGACAGAGGUUGAGAAAACUGUCACUCUGACCUGUAUGAUUGACGAAGGUAUUGACCCAUCCAACCAAAAUGAAUUGCAGUGGUUCCGCAAUGAUGUCCGGGUAAACCUGGCUGAAGAAAACCGCCAGUCCCCAAGUAGUCUUUGUAUACAGCCUGUCACUAAAGAUGACAACGGAGUUGUUUUUAUCUGUCAGCUGAAGGGUAAUACAAGUGUGAACAGCUCCAUCGAGUUUGACGUCCAGUAUCCCCCAGACCUUAAUGACACUAAGGAAGUAUUUGUUGAAGAAGCAAGUGAUGUUGUUCUGUCCUGUGAUGUCCAAGCCAACCCACCUGUAACUGUGGUUUGGAAAAAGGAUGGUGAAAUUCUGGAUCUGAUCUCUGGCAGUUACAAAACAACCAAUAAUGGCAUUACUGCUCAGUUAUUAAUCACAAAAGCUAUGCGCAAUGUACAUCAAGGAAUGUACAUCUGUGAAGUAAAUUCAUCCAUCUACGGAAUUAUGGGCAGGACCUUUAAUGUUACAGUUCAAGAUAAAGUGAUAGGUUUCCCUAUAGGACCCACAAUAGCUGGAGUGGUGGUGGUUUUAUGCACAAUAGUAUUCGCACUCAUUUCUAGGAGGAAUAAAAUUAUUAAGUGCAUUAAACCAAAUUGAACAUCUCCACAUGGAAUUGAAAUUCUCAAGAAUUCAAACCACAGCUAUUUGAGAAGAAAAUCAGACUAGAACGGAAACAGCCAUUACUGGACUGGCAAAUGGAAGACCACUCUUAAAUAUAAUUUACUAAUUCAAAAACAAACAUGUCCUUUCAUUCCUGCUUAGUCUCUUUGUUUUGUUAUUAUUAAAUUAGAAUGUGAAAAGAUGUCUGUUAAACAACCCUUAUACGUGUGAUUUUUUAAAGAUGAUGUCAUUGUGUGUUUCUUCUUAGAUUACAAUGUUAUUGAGGAAUUGCACUAAAAAAGACAUACUUUGUCUCUGAGCAAGCGAAGACACUCCUAGAGACAGUAAAAUAACCUCAUUAAAGUGAAUUGCAGAAUAUUUUUUACAUUCUCAAGGACAAGAUUUUUAUUGUAUAAAUUGGACUGUUAGAUGUACCUAUAAGUCAUUAACCUUUAACCAUCCACUCAGAUAGUAAGCAAUAUGUGUUAGUCUAUUUGCACUGUUUGCUUUGUACAUUGCAUAUCAAGAUAAAUGAUAGGACAAAUAAAAAUGUUGGACACACCUAA